CUAAAAAUAAAAGGGGGAAUUCUUCCUAUAAAACCGGAGUUCAAUGUUUUAUGUUUAAUCUUUUCACAGCGGAAACGAAGAAAAGACACCCCUUUUUUUUAAUCUAUGAUUUGGGGUUUUUCCCGUUUUAUCGUCGAGGCUUAUAGAAAGGUGAGCUACUCAAAGUUGAGGAAGAAAGACAAGAUCCUUCAGAAAACGGUUGGUGAUUCGACGAUCAUGGAGGUUUCGGGUUCGGGGUUGACAAUGGGACAGAGGGCGAGUUGCUUGCCUAGCACGCCCGAGGAAGAACAUAAGAUCGUUACUGAUUUGAGAAACGAAUCGGAGCGAUGUUUGAAAGAGGGCAACUUGUAUUUCGUGAUUUCAAGCAGAUGGUUUCAAAGGUGGGAGAGGUAUGUUCAGAUGGGCACUGAUGAAAAUUUGAAUGGGGAUCGAUCUUCUGAUUCUGGGUAUUCGAAUGAGGCUUCUUCUUUGAUGGAAGAAAGGCCUGGUCCGAUCGAUAACUCCGACAUUGUUGAAAACGGAGGUGAUUGUGAUUGCAAGGAAAAUAAUGAGAUUCAGCUUCGAAGAAUGUUGAUGGAAGGGCAGGACUAUGUAUUGGUUACGCAAGGUGUUUGGGAAAAACUUCAUCAAUGGUAUGGAGGAGGGCCAGCAUUGCCAAGAAAGAUGAUUGUGCAGGGUGUAUAUCACAGAAAUUUCGAUGUGGAGGUUUACCCACUUUGUCUCAACUUGAUAGAUUCAAGAGAUGAAAGUCAGUCAAUUAUAAGGUUAAGCAGAAAGGCAUCUGUAACCGAGCUUUUCCAGAAGGUCUGUGCACUUAGAGGUAUCGAGCAGGAUAAAGCUCGCCUAUGGGAUUACUUCAACAAGAGAAAGCAUGCACAGUUGUUAGUUUCGAACAAAAGCCUGGAGGAAGUAAACUUGCAGAUGGAUCAAGAUAUUCUUCUGGAGCAAGUCGAUGUGCAUCAUUCUUCGAGAUUUGGCUUGGAUUCUGCAGGAAAUAAACUUGCUUCCGUUUCCUUGGAACAUUCAGGAUCAUCCUCGGCAAUUGCUAGAGGGCCAACCUUGUCCAACGGUCACUCCUCGGGUCACAGAUCAAAUCUGUAUCCGGCAAGUUACAUAGGCUCGGGAUUAACAGAGACGGAUGAUGGUUUAGACGCUACUAGCUCUUCCAAAAAAGGAGAGAAGGUGGCUUUGGCUGGAUUGCAGAACCUGGGAAAUACUUGUUUUAUGAAUAGUGCUCUCCAAUGUUUAGUGCACACCCCACCUCUGAUGGAGUAUUUCUUGAAAGAUUACAAGGAUGAGAUCAACACGAAAAAUCCUUUGGGAAUGCAUGGGGAACUUGCAAUUGCGUAUGGUGAGUUGUUACGGAAAUUAUGUUCCGCUGGACGAACGGCGAUUGCACCACGUGUAUUCAAGGGAAAACUUUCUCGGUUCGCACCCCAGUUUGGUGGUUAUAACCAGCACGAUUCUCAAGAACUUUUGGCCUUCCUACUGGAUGGACUGCAUGAAGACUUGAAUCGAGUCAAACAAAAGCCUUACAUUGAAAUGAAGGAUUCCAAUGGUCGUCCUGAUGAGGAAGUUUCGGUCGAGUGUUGGAGAAAUCACAAGGCUCGGAAUGAUUCAGUGAUUGUGGAUGUUUUCCAAGGUCAAUAUAAGUCUACAAUGGUUUGCCCGGUUUGCAGCACAAUUUCAAUUACGUUUGACCCCUUCAUGUAUUUAUCAUUGCCACUACCUUCAACUAUCACCAGGACAAUGACAGUGACAGUGUUUUAUGGUGAUGGAAGUGGUCUCCCCAUGCCAUAUACUGUCUCUUUGUUGAAAAAUGGUUUCUGCAAAGAUCUCCUUUUGGCAUUAGGUCGUGCAUGUUCCUUGAAGAAUGACGAGAACCUUCUUCUUGCAGAGGUAUUCGAAAACAAGAUUUAUCGAUAUUUGGAGAUGCCUUUGGAGCCUUUAAUUUCAAUAAAGGAUGAUGAGCAUAUUGUGGCCUUUAGAUAUCCAAAAAAAGGGAUGGGAAAAACUAAGCUAGUAAUUUUUCACCGAUGUCCGGAAAAAACUGCAUCAGAGUAUCGUAAGAGUGGUGCAAAGCUUUUUGGGACUCCACUGGUUACAUAUUUGGGGGAAGAUCAACCAAGUGGAGCUGAUAUUGUAAGUGCUGUUUUCAAAGUACUGUCACCUUUCAAAAAAAUGUACUCUUCGGCCAAGGCGUCUAUUGGCAAGGAAAAUGGCUUUUCCACAGACGGUCUUGAUUUACAAUGCAGUAGUUCCGAUGCUCAGACAGUUGAGAAGGCAGAACUUGAGGGUGCAUCAAGCACAGACUUAUCGCUCCCACUCCUUUUAACUGAUGAUACGCUUACGAGCUUCACAGCUUUUAAGAAGGAUACAAUCUUUGAAUCCGGGAAGAUCUUAAAGGUUGUGCUAGAUUGGACCGACAAAGAACAGGAGUUAUACGAUUCCAGCUACUUGAAGGACAUACCAAAGGUUCAUAAAUCAGGGUUUGUUGCAAAAAAGACUCGGCAAGAAGCCAUCUCACUAUCUUCGUGUUUGGAUGCUUUCUUGAUGGAAGAACCUCUAGGUCCGGAUGAUAUGUGGUAUUGUCCUUGUUGCAAGGAACAUAGGCAAGCUAUAAAAAAGCUAGACCUGUGGAUGCUACCGGAGAUAAUCGUUUUUCACUUGAAACGCUUCACUUACGGCAGAUACCUAAAGAACAAGAUCGGCACUUUUGUGAAUUUCCCAAUUCACAAUCUUGAUUUGAGCAAAUAUGUCAUGAAAAAAGAUGGACAAUCUUGUGUGUAUGAGCUAUAUGCCAUAAGCAACCAUUAUGGUGAACUAGGUGGAGGUCACUACACUGCCUAUGCUAAGUUGAUCGGGGAGAAUAGAUGGUACCAUUUUGACGAUAGUCAUGUUUCCCCUGUCGACGAAUCCGACAUCAAAACCUCAGCGGCUUAUCUGUUGUUCUAUAAGAGAGUUAGAACUGUAUCCAAGGCAGAGACAAGAGAAGCAUGGUAAAGUCAUUCCAUCUGUUGAGGCCCCGUCCGGUUUCGCAAAUGGAGCAACCUCCAAUUGAGGUUAGGCCGGGCUCACCUGCGACAGUUACUGUUAUAAUACGUUGCGAACAGAUGAUUUACUUAGAUACAAGCAAGCCGGACAAGCCCCGCCCCGCCCCGCAUGCGAGUACGAAACCGGUGGUCCAUAUCUCGGGAAAGGGUGACACAACUCAGAGGUAGGUCGAAGAUUAGUUGAAUGAAUAAUUCAUUAAUUUGUUUAUUCAUUUUGAUGAAAUAAUUUUUUUACAGAGUAAUAGGAUAUAUUGUUACCUCCUUUAUAGAGCGGACUGGUGUAUUUUAUAGUCCUUAAAGACAUUGUUAGAUGUUUAGGUAGAAUGUCAAUACUUUAGAAUUGUAGGGCAUCAAGUUCCACUUUAUUCCAUCCCAUUUCCCUGUACCUUUCUGGGAAUUUUAUCUCUGUAAAGGAGGAAAGAAUGGUUGUGGAA